UCUCUCUGCGUCUCUCUCUCUGUCUCUCUGUCGGUCUCUCUCUCCCUCUCAUUUUGCCACUCUCUCGGGUUCACACCUCAGUCUUGUGGUUCUACAGACAGUGCGGUUCUUCCUUCCUGCCCACCUCUCCUUCCUGCUGAAGUCAAACAGCAAGGCCCCAGUAGGGCCACACGCAGCAGCGAUGGAGGCACUGAGAUAGACAGCAUGCAGGGGCGAUAGAGGGAGGCCAGGGUGUGGGAUAAAGAGCCUAGCUGGCAGGGAACCCUGACAUGGACAAAGACAGAAGGAGGUUUAACCUGAGUCGCCUGUUGGCCGUGUAUCUGUUAAAGAAACAGCAGAGGAAGGCCAGCCCUGCUACCAGCCAUCCGACAGAGACAAGCAGAGAGACCAACGCUUCACUAGCAAGCCUCAGGAUCCCAUGGACGGAUGAUGAUGUCAUUAAGGAGAUCAACAUCACCCAUGUUGUCAAGGAGGGCUCAGAGAAGGCAGACGCCUCUCAAUUUGAGCUGCUCAAAGUCCUGGGACAGGGGUCCUUCGGCAAGGUGUUCCUGGUACGAAAGGUGACCCCACCUGACAACAACGAGCUGUACGCUAUGAAGGUCCUGAAGAAAGCCACCCUUAAAGUGAGAGAUCGUGUGAGGACCAAGAUGGAGAGGGACAUUCUAGCAGACGUCAAUCAUCCAUUUGUGGUGAAGCUUCACUAUGCCUUCCAAACCGAGGGCAAACUGUACCUGAUCUUGGACUUCCUGCGAGGUGGAGAUUUGUUCACCAGACUGUCCAAGGAGGUGAUGUUCACAGAGGAGGAUGUGAAGUUCUACCUGGCAGAGCUAGCUCUGGGUCUGGACCAUCUGCAUGGCCUGGGCAUCAUCUACAGAGACCUUAAGCCUGAGAACAUUCUACUGGAUGAGGAGGGGCACAUCAAACUCACAGACUUUGGCCUUUGUAAAGAGGCCAUCGAUCAUGAGAAGAAGGCCUACUCCUUCUGUGGUACUGUGGAGUACAUGGCCCCAGAGGUGGUCAACCGGCAGGGACACAUCCAUAGCGCCGACUGGUGGUCGUUCGGGGUACUGAUGUUUGAGAUGCUGACAGGCUCCCUGCCGUUCCAGGGGAAGGACCGUAAGGAGACCAUGAACCUCAUCCUGAAGGCGCGUCUGGGCAUGCCCCAGUUCCUGAGUUCUGAGGCCCAGUCUCUCCUCAGAGCCCUGUUCAAGAGGAACCCCAUCAACAGGAUGGGUUCUGGAGCCGACGGAGCAGAGGAGAUCAAACGCCACAGCUUCUUCUCGACAAUCGACUGGAAUAAACUGUUCAGGAGAGAGAUCAAACCCCCGUUCAAGCCUGCAGUGGCUCGUCCCGACGACACCUUCUACUUCGACUCAGAGUUCACUUCCCGUACCCCGAAAGGUAAGACAUGAAUCCCCCCCAGUGCUGGUGCUCACCAGCUCUUCAGAGGGUUCAGCUUUGUUGCCACGGCGAUGCUGGAGGAGGAGGGGUCAGAUGAGUCUGCCCAGCCUCCCCCACACCCAGUGGUCCAGCAGUUGCAUGGGAAGAACGUGCUGUUCAGUGAUGGCUACAUGCUGAAGGAGGACAUCGGCAUGGGCUCCUUCUCUGUCUGCAAGCGCUGCAUCCACAAAACAACCAGCACAGAGUAUGCUGUGAAGGUGAUUGACAAGACAAUGACGGACCCCUCAGAGGAGAUCGAGAUCUUGCUGAGAUACGGCCAGCACCCCAAUAUUAUCACCCUCAAAGACGUGUAUGACAGUGGGAAGCAGGUGUUCCUGGUGACGGAGCUGAUGAGGGGGGGAGAGCUCCUGGACAGGAUCCUCAAACAGAAGUGCUUCUCUGAGAGGGAGGCCAGCUCAGUCCUCCAUACCAUCACCAAGACUGUGGAGUACCUGCACUCUCAGGGGGUGGUUCACAGGGACUUGAAGCCCAGUAACAUCCUGUAUGUGGAUGAGUCUGGUAACCCCGAGUCCAUCAGGAUCUGUGACUUCGGCUUCGCCAAGCAGCUGAGGGCAAACAACGGCCUGCUGAUGACGCCAUGCUACACCGCCAACUUUGUGGCCCCUGAGGUGUUGAAGCGCCAAGGCUACGAUGAGGGCUGUGACAUCUGGAGUCUUGGAGUCCUGCUGUAUACCAUGCUGGCUGGCUUCACUCCAUUCGCCAACGGGCCUGAGGACACUCCAGAGGAGAUAUUGGGCAGGAUAGGCAGCGGUCGCUUCACCCUGACUGGAAGCAGCUGGGACGCUGUGUCUGACUCUGCCAAGGACCUGGUCUCCAAGAUGCUGCAUGUGGACCCUCACCAGCGCCUGACAGCCAUGCAGGUGCUGAAGCACCCCUGGAUCGUCCAGAGAGACAAACUUCCCACUAGUCAGCUGCCGCACCAUGACCCGAAGCUAGUCAAGGGGGCGAUGGCAGCUACGUACUUGGCCCUGAAAAGCUCCCAGCCACCUCCAGAACUCAAACCUAUCGAGUCAUCCUUCCUGGCUCAGCGACGCGUCAAGAAGCUACCUUCUACCUCCCUGUAGAGAGAGAACCACCUAAUCAGCUCCUUCCUUGGUCUGACAAGGCCACGCCUCCCUAUAACCAGCCACGGAAAAGGACUCUGAUCCCACCCUGCUUCUGACAUCAGCACCCUUUCACUCUCACUACAAAGAUUCUUGCCAGCUAUCAAUCACACUGGACAAGCAAGUGCAUAGUUGAGGAUGGAGGGGCAGAGACUAAUCUGUGUGUGUGUGUGGAGGGGGGGGGGGGCACGGUGACAUGAGAGUGAUUGUCUAUUGUGGCAGCAGGUUUUAACCAAUGUUUGGGGCUCACUCUGAUUGGCUAUCCUCUCUUCUCAACAUUGCUGUAAUUGGUUGUUGUUUAGCUUGCUGCACGUCUACUGGUGGAUUCUGUCUGUCUGUCUGUCUGUCUGUCUGUCUGUCUGUCUGUCUGUCUGUCUGUCUGUCUGUCUGUCUGUCUGUCUGUCUGUCUGUCUGUCUGUCUGUCUGUCUGUCUGGUUGUUUGUUUCUUCCUCCAGUUAAUAAGUGUUCUGUUCAAGAUCUGGUCUGGUCUUUCCAGCUCUGUGUCUCGACUCUGAUCCAUCAACCAGGAAGGGACUGACAGAGAACUAAGAGUAGAGUCCAUCUGCUCUUAUCUCCAUGCCUGCGCUCCGAAUGAACUUUCUGUUAUUGUGUAUGAUUAAAAAGUGUUUGCCAUAAAUGCCUCUUGGUCUUGGUGCGGUAGCCAGAAGAAUGUAAUUCUGGCUGAUGUUUAUCGGACAGAGUGUGUCGGUAUGUUGCAUGACAGUGUAUCUAGUCUCAUUGUGGGAGGGGUCACAGGGUGUUGUGUGCAUGGUGAUUGGUCAGCUGCAGUGAUGAUACCUGGCUUCCUCCCUUUCUGCUCUCCCAAUUG